AUGAUCGCACGGGCUUCGAACUGCCUCAGCUUCGUCUGUUGUGCACUCCCCGCUCGCGCUGUACAAGCUACCUUGAACUGGGAGAUCGCGCGAAAGUUCUGGUUUACAUUCCUUUUUAUAACGGUGAUCUGCGCCAAACUUCUCCACAUAUACGCGCAUUGGGACUCUGUUCCACUCAAUCAGUUGAUCCUUUGGGGAUCGACAUUUUUCCUUCAAGACUUCUUCUUCCUGCUAGCAGGAUAUGCAUUAACGCGAGACUUCCAAUGGAUCAUUGCUCGUAUUUUGGCGGGACUGGUAGUGGUUUUCACCAGUCUCAUCCUCUCCGUAAUGGCGGCUGCGAAUACCUCAUUUUUCUUCCUGACCGGUGCGGAGAUUCAUUGGCGUCAAGCAGGUUCUUUCAAUGCUGAUCCAGCCGCUGUCAACACCUUGCUUACCGGUCUGACUGGUCUUGUUAUUGUCGAGGCUUUGAUUCUGGUUGCGGCGAUCUUCGCCUCGCCAUACCCUCACACUGGUAUGGAGGCCAUGGUGGGUAUCUGGGGUCGUGUUGCUGGGGCAGUGUGGAGGCCUACUGCGCAGGCUGCUAAGCCAGCGGUAGAUGCCCUGUUGGUUCGGUACCAGCCUGUGGUAGAGCGUGUUCUGAGUCGGACUACUCGGGGGAGGGUUUUCUUCGCCAAAAUCAAGAUCUACGAGCCAGUUCCACUGACUGAAUAUGAUGAGGAGGAUAAGAUUGUGUCAAACUCGGCUCCGCUACUCGACGAACCGGCGGAGGUACAGCCAACGCAAAAGGAAUACUGGGGACGCAGGCUGAUUAUCAAAACCGUGCUUGUCGUUACUGCAACUCUCUUUGUUCUUAUCUUGCGAUGCUUCCGUCCGGCUGAUGAUUCAUACGGCUUCCUCUCCCAGACCAUCGGCCUAUCCCCGUUCAGCGGUGUCGACUCUCGGACCAAAUUGGCGGGUAUCACUGGGGAUCGCGAAUUGAAAGGCAAGCUGACUGCGCUGACUACGCCACCGCAUUUCGACUGGUUUCCGGCGGGUAAGUGGCCUGGAUUUAGAGACUGGGAGGUUUCAGACGGAAAAUUCGAGCACAAACACUACAACUCGACUGAAGAUCCUAUUCACAUUUCCAAUCUGGAUCUGGAUGUCCUCGAGCCUCUCCGCGCAGUCCUCCAGAGUGAGGACUUCAAGAUCAAGCACGUUCUCGUCUUCAAGAUGGAGAGUACUCGGUUCGACGUAUUCCCGCUUCGAAAUGGCUCUUACUUCCACAAUCGGAUUCUCGACUCUUACGAGAAUAAACAGGUCCCGGAGGAUGUUCAGAAGCGCUUGAAUAACCUGACUCACACCGCCGAGCGUCUCACGGGCACAGAAUCUGGAUUCCAGGAGAAUGGAACGGUAAAGCCAUAUGGCGGUAUCUAUGCGACAAAUUCAUACACAGCCGGAACCUUCACGUUGAAGAGUAUCGAAGCAACGACCUGCGGUCUUUCGCCAUUGGUCAUGGAUUUCAACCGCGAAUACGAACACCACAUUUACCAACCCUGUAUGCCGCAGAUUCUCGACGUUCUCAGCGCCAGCACAAACGACAGCGGUAGUUCCGACUUCACCAACUGGCCUUGGCGACCGCGAUUCAUGCAGUCCAUCACCGAUACCUACGAUCACCAGGACCUCCUCACGCCGGCACUGGGAUUCAAGUCGGAGAAUAUCUUAACGGUCGAGACGAUUGAUAAGGAACACAUAAAUGAUACAUCAUUCCACGGCGAGAAGUUCAACUUCUGGGGAUACCCUGAUCAUGACCUCGCAGGUUAUUUCCGAAAUGCUAUUAUCCAUGCAGAAGAGAACCAUGAGCGGCUGUUCCUGGAGCACCUGACGGGGUUGACGCACCACCCUUGGGAUACACCUGGCAAGAAUUACUCGGAGCUUAUUAGCUCGUCCUGGGGUGGAAACAACGAAGACGUGAACAAAUAUCUCAACACCAUCGGCAUCAACGAUAAGUGGUUCGGUACUGUGCUUGAUAUUCUCGAGGAGACAGGCGUCGCCAAUGAGACACUCGUUAUCAUGACAGGCGAUCAUGGCCUCUCCCUUCUCGAAGACAACAGUAUCACGCCCUACGACAACCCACACGUCGCCAACUUCCACGUCCCACUAGUCAUCUCCAACCCAAACCUACCUCCCAUCCAAAUAAACUCCUCGGUAACAUCUAUCCAAAUCCUCCCGACAAUCCUCGACCUCCUCACUACCUCCUCCUCCCUCUCCCCCAAAAGCAAAACGGCCGUCAAAUCCCUCCUCCCCAUGUACGAAGGCCAAUCCCUCAUCCGCCCCAUUAUUUCCUCAGACGAAAACACUCGAAACUGGCAGUUCACAGUAAUGAACACCGGCGGCUCAAUGGUCGCGAUGCGCUCCGCCGAUGAUCCAUACAGAUUGAUCGUCCCGCUCGUCCCGGAGGUGGAGUGGCGGUUUACAGAAAUCGUAUCUGAUCCCCAUGAGAAGAAGCCGAUUAAAUCUUUUGAUUUGGAGUCUAUCAAGUCUGCUGUUGCUUUGAGGCAUGGGGCUGAGGCUGUAGCGUGGGUUGGGGAGGCGGCAAAGGUUGCGCAGUGGUGGGUUAGUGAUAAUUGGAGACGGUAUGAAUAUUCACCUUGA